GCCGCUGCGGGAGGUGGCGCCCGCCUGCUCUGCAGCUCGUGCGGCUGGUCGUUGCGGGCCGGUGACAUGCCUGUGAGCUGCGGAGGCUGCGGCCCCCAGGAGGGAAGCAUGCAAACAAUGGCAUCAAAGGAAUAAAGGACAAACCACUUUGGGAACAUAAAGGAGGCGGCUACUUGUUUCGGCAGGAGGGAUGCAGGAGAUGAGCCAAGCGUUCUCAAGAAGGGAGGUCCUUGGACUGAUGUGUGAAGAGUCUUUUGUGGACUAACUCGUCACUGAUUACCUACAACAGCAAUAUAGUUAUGGCGACCUUCCAGACUUUCAGAAACAGUCACAUGAAAACUAGAGCAUCUGUCAGAAAAAGCUUCAGUGAAGAUGUGUUCCAGUCCGUAAAGUCUUUAUUGCAGAGUGAGAAGAAACUAUGCAGUGUAUCAGCAGAGGACUGUUUAAAGCAGGAUGAACAUGCCAAUUUGACUGAGGUCACAUUUCUAGGUUUUAAUGAAGAAACAGAUGCUGCUCAUAUACAGGAUUUGGCUGCAGUUUCUUUGGAACUCCCAGAUCUUCUGAAUUCACUGCACUUCUGCAGUCUAAAUGAAAAUGAAAUUAUUUGUAUGAAGGAUAUAAAUAAAUCAUCAGAUAUAAACAAUGGUCCUCUAAACCAGAGUCAUCAUCCUGGAGUGCUUUGUGUCAUGAGAGUGUCAUCUACAUUACCAAGACUCAGAAUUGAUUUUAUCUUUAGUCUCCUAAGUAAAUAUGCUAUGGGUAUAAGGUACACCCUGGACACAUGUUUGCAUCAGAAGUGCCAACUUGAGGCCACUAAUGAAGAUGAUGACGAUACUAACCAGUCAGUAUCUUCCAUCGAAGAUGACUUUGUCACUGCCUUUGAGCACUUAGAGGAUGAAGAGGCUUCAAAGCCAUAUAAUGAUGGAAUAAACAUUACUGCACUAAGGAGCCAGUGCGAUGCUGCUUCACAGACUAUUUCUGGUCACCGUUUAGAAACCCAUGAUUUCAGGGUUCUGGUUGGCUCUGGAUGGCAGAAGUCAUUGGCUAAACCUUCUUCUUUAAUAAGUAUUCUGGGACAUAAAGAACUGCCUUCUGUGAAAGCUUCAGUCACGACAUCAGUUUCUGAGCCUUGGGUCCAAAGGAGUUUCUAUAGGUCCUCUACUGCUUCAGAUAAAGAUGGUGAUGCUGAUGUGCAGAAACAGUUGUUCUCUUCCUCUCCUGCCUACUCGUCUGAAUCAGAAUGCUCAAGUCCAAGUCCUGUUAUUUUCUUGGAUGAAGAGGGAUAUCAAAAAAGUUUAAAAGCAAAACUUGAGUUACCUAAAAUUCCUGUGAUGAAAGAUGAUAUUGAGGAUUCAGACUCAGAAGUAAGUGAGUUUUUCGAUAGUUUUGAUCAGUUUGAUGAACUAGAACAAACUUUGGAGUCUGCUUGUCCAUUUCUAAAAGAUCCUGCCAUAGGGAAGCUGUCACAAAAAAAAGGGCACAAACAUGAAAAAUUGUGUUCUGUAACCACUACUAUGAAUCCUCAAAAAUUCAAGUUUGAUCGUCCAGCUCUCCCAGCUAAUGUUAGGAAGCCAACUCCUCGUAAACCAGAAUCCCCUUACAGUAACCUGUGUGAUGCUCCAGAUUCUCCCCGCCCAGUGAAGGCAUCAGGGGAAGACAGUGGUUUGUUCAGCCCUAUUCGAUCCUCUGCUUUUAGUCCUCUUGGAGGCUGUACUCCUGCUGAAUGUUUUUGCCAAACAGAUAUUGGUGAAGAUAGGAUUCAUGAAAAUCAUGAUUCUGUUUAUUAUACCUAUGAAGAUUAUGCAGAUAGCCUUUCGUGUGACGUACUGGGCUCGGUUCUUUAUACCCAACAUACAAAUGCAACAUCCAACAUUAAUAGUAUUAAAAAGGGAGAAAAUAAAAUGGUAGCUCUUAAGUGUGGAAGCCUUGAUCAAAAAAGUAAAUCUAAAAAUAAAUCCUCAGUGAUUAAGGAUAGCAUUCAGAAGUUUGCAGCAGAUCUUGUGGAGAAAAGUUUUGGCAGUGCAUUUAAAGACUUACAGAAAGGAGUCUUUUCAUGUACCAAUGCUUUGUGCCAAUUAGCUAUCAAAUUGACAUCAUCCGUUUUUCAGAUGGCAUUUAAUGAACUGAGAAGGCAGCGUGCGUUUUCGUUGAAAGAACGUGCCAUUAGUGGUCUGGCUAACUUUUUGGUGAGUGAAGCUUUUGCAAAUGCUGUAAAAGAUUUACAGUAUGUAAAGAAGCAGAUCUUUACAAACACUGUUGCUAGGUUUGCUGCAGAUCUUGCUGAAGAACUUGUUUUUGAAGGCAUCAUGGAAGUGUGUCAGUUUUCAUAUCCUCCAACACCUGCAUCUCCACAGCGUGGGUCAUUUGACUAUGAAGACAAAGUAGUGAAGUCCUAUGCAAAAGAUUUGUCUGAAUCUGUAAUACAGGAAGCGUUCAUUGAGCUGUCUCAAGUUGACGUGACCUUCACAACAAAGGCAGCAGUUAGUGUUUCCACAGAUAACAUUAAGUAUGUGAGCGCAGAAAAUGUAGUGCCACCGACACAGACUUCUACAUUUUCCCCUACUUUUAAUGGUCAAACAAUUAUGGUGACAAAACCAAUACUGGAAUAUAAAAAGGAAUACACAGUACAACAGGCCUUGUUUUGUACUUCUGGAGUUGUUACUUCUAUACCAGUGCCCUUGGCAGGAAGUGCCCUUCUCCCAUAUCAUAUUUCAUCUAAUAUGUAUCAGGCAAAGUCUCAUCCAUCAUCUGAUGAUAGUAGUUUGAAUGGUGGUUCUACCCAAGCAGGGGUUGCCACAAAAAACAAAGAAGAGGAGGUAGCUUGUCUCAGGAAUAUUUGUUUACCUUCAGAACACCAUCUGGGUAACCAAAAUGGUGUUAAACCAACUAAUGAUGAUAUUGAAAUGGAAAGCUCUUCAAAAGUAAUGAGUGAUCCUGUGAUUAUUAGCAAUUUUUCUGUGGCAGUGGUGCAUACAAUAGUAAAUGAAACUUUAGAUUCAGUGACGUCAUUCAAAGUUACAAAAACAAUGGAUAAACACAAAGAUUGUUUAACUAAAACAGUAAAGGGAAAAACCCCUCCUUUUCACUGUGAUCAAGCAACACUGCAACAGAGUGAGGCUAGCAAGAAGGACAUGUUUGCUGAUCGAUUAUCUAAAUCUGUUGUUAAACAUUCCAUAGACAAAAGCAAAUCAGUGACCCCAAAUGUAGAUAAAAAUGUGCUCCACAAGGAAGACUUGCCUGUUCCGGGAGAUGAGUCACGGUUGACCUCGGAAAAGUUCCCGAAGUUUCUUGAAGCUCAAGAUCAUUUAACUCACUGUUCACUUUCAGAAAGAAAGGAUUGUGUUCUGGAAUGUAAAGGUUAUAUGGCUCAUGGAUUUUCUUUAGAGACACUACCACGUUGUCCAACUGCAGCAGGUCAGAAACCUGAUUUGAAGGAAAUUGAUAAGGACAAAUCCGUGAAAAAGCAUAGUUUGAAUGAUACAGCACUUGAGCCCUUGCCUUUUGGGCAGGAGAACCCUUUUGCGCAUUCACAUAGUUUCUCAUCCCCAGUGCUCACAUGUGCAGAUGGUUUGCAUGUGGAAGAUAAACAGAAAAUCAGAGACGGGAAUGUGAUACCUGAUACUCCUCCAUCAACUCCUCUAGUCCCAUCCCAGGCUGCUUCUGAAUGGGAUAUCAAGAAGUUAACCAAAAAGCUCAAGGGGGAAUUAGCAAAAGAAUUUGCACCUGCCACGCCACCUUCUACACCUCACAACUCGUCUGUUGGCAGUUUGUCUGAAAAUGAACAAAAUACUAUAGAAAAAGAAGAGUUCAUGUUGAAACUCAUGCGAUCUCUCUCAGAAGAAGUUGAAAGUAGUGAAGAUGAAGAUCAGCCAGAAGUGGAUGUGAAGUCAGAGCCCUCAGGGAAGAAAGUUCAGUUUGCAGAUGCGUUAGCAAUACACAUCAUUUCUCUUGCAACCGAAAUGGCAGCUUCCCAUUUGGAUAAUAAAAUAACUCAAGAACCCAAGGUUAAAAGCCCUUGCUUAAAUGUGCAAAGUCAAAGAAGCGUAUCACCUACUUUUUUAAAUUGCUUAGAUGAAAACGUACAAACAUUAUGCAAUUUUGCAGGUGAUAUGGCAGCAGAAGUCAUUACAGAAGCUGAAAAAAUAGCAAAAGUUAGAAGUUGUAUGCUUUUCAGGCAGAAGAGGAACAGUUAUGUUGAUAGUGACCAAGAUUAUAGAUCAGAAGAGAAGACGGAUAUAGAGGCUGUAGCACACCCAGGAGAAGCAGAUUCGUUUAUUCUUUCGUUACCACCAAAUUCUUGUCUGUCAGGUCUGACAUACAAGUAUCCCAGCUGCGAAAGUGUGACAGAUGAGUACGCAGGUCACAUUAUCCAAAUACUAAAACAGGAAGGUGGUGAUAGUGAGUUAAUAAUGGACCAGUAUGCCAAUAGACUUGCUUAUCGGUCUGUUAAGUCAGGAUUACAAGAAGCAUCUAAGACAGCCAAAGUGAAGUGCAACUCAAAAAUGUUCCCUGUGCAAAGCUCACAGGUGAAAACCAAUGAUGAACUGUUACUAUUCUUAAGUAAAGAACACCAGCAAGGAGUAGAUAAAAAAAGACAAAGUAAAAUAAGUGGAGGUUACCUUCAUAAAAACCCGACUUGUGAAUGGACACGGGAUACAUGCAGAAAUGAGUGCUUGGAACUGUAUAGUUUUUCAACCUCUCUCGCUCACAACAUAACAAGAGAUGUUAAAAAAGAGCUGACGGCAUCUACAGUUGGCUUGCCAAAAUCCUUAACAGAUUCUUGCCUUUAUGAAAAAAAUGGAUGCGAUGAAGAUGCCGAGUCUCACUUCGAGCCAGAAUUUCCCACGUCUCUUCAUCCUUCCUCACAAAAUCACAGAUUUUCCCACAGUACGGGCAGCUUGAGUGGGUGUGGUUAUGGAGAGAUUGUUGUUCAAGCUAUAGAACAGUACGCUAACAAGGUAGUGGAUGACGCUUUAGAGCUGAGUUCAGGAUCUGCAGUCUUCCAUGUGUCUGAGACCACAAAAGCGGCCGAUAGGGUCACUUAUGCAGAAAAGUUGUCACCUCUGGUAAGUCAGGCUUGCAGGUAUUGUGACCGGAAAGAGCUUCAUGACUGCACUGGAAAUUCAUGUCCACGCUUUCCCAGACCAGAUUCACUUGCUAGUAGUAAGCCAGUUUCUAAUUUAGCUAAUUCAAAAUUUAGCAAUGUCUACCAGAAAUCUAGAAUUUUUCAUCUUGAUGUCCCUCAAAUUCACAUUGAUCUUGAUAAGAAGACAGUGCUUGCUGAGAAGAUAGUUGCGGAAGCAAUUGAAAAGGCAGAGAGAGAGCUGAGCAGUACCAGUUUGGCAGCUGAUAGUGGGAUCGGACAGGACGGUGUCAUCUUUGCUGAAAGCCUCACUACUGAGAUAAUGACGUCGGCGAUGAGGAAUGUUGGUCAGGCCGUUAGCAGUCCAAAAGAAAUAGAAGACUUUCAGUCAACUGAGUCUUUUGGUAGCCAGCAGAUGAAUCUCAGUAUUGGCGACGACAGCACUGGUAGCUGGUCCAAUUUAAGUUUUGAAGAUGAGCACCAGGAUGAAAGCAGUAGUUUUCAUCAUCUAAGUGAAAGUAAUGGUAACAGCAGUAGCUGGAGCAGUCUUGCUUUAGAAGGAGAUUUGUAUGAGGACAAUUUAUCCUUUCCAACAUCAGACAGUGAUGGGCCGGAUGAUAAAGAUGAAGAGCAUGAGGAUGAUGUAGAAGGUUCAGAGCAAGAUGGAAAUACUCUGCUAAUUACGAAUGUUGACACGGAGCCAUGCACAGUAGACCCCCAGCUAAGGAUUAUUCUUCAGUGGCUCGUUGCCUCUGAGGCCGAAGUUGCAGAACUUUAUUUUCAUGACUCUGCAAAGAAGGAGUUUAUACAACUUUCAAAACGAUUACAAGAAAAAGGCUGGAAAGUGGGAGACCUCCUGCAGGCUGUGCUUAAAUACUAUGAGGAGAUGGAGAAGACGUCCAGCAACGAGAGAUCUGAGUCCCUGUUUGAUUGGCUCUUGGAAAAUGCAUAGAACAAACUCCAAACCAGUAUAUUUUAUUAUUUGUUUUGAGAGAGGAAGGAACAGAUAAAGAUGCAUAGGGUAAAAUUUGAAUAGUGAAUAUUAACAUUUAAAGUGAAUUGGGAGGAAGGUAAAUAUAGCUUUUUAAGUGCGUUGUGUCAUCACAUGGUAUAUAUAGUUCAAACUUUUGUAAUCUCUCAAAUAUUAUCUUCGUUUAUUCUUCUAUACAUAUGUGUAGUGUGUUAAGACCCUAAGAACAUGUAUUUGAAGGCUUUCAGGGACAUUCACUGACAGCAUUCUUUUUGCAUCCAAAUAGUGCUGCUAGAAAUUGCACUGAGGUGGCUGAGGGUGGGUGACAGGGAUAGGGAGUUAUAUUUUGCUCCUUUGCAAGCAAAUGGUAUCCUAUUAAUAACAAAUCUCACAUCAAAAAAUAGCAUCGAGGCUAAUUUUUUUUCUGACAUCUUUUGUCCUAUUUUUAAGGGUCAAUUUUAUUUUCAUAGUUCAGCUAUUGGUAGCUUUUUGAAUCCCCCAAGUUAUUUAAUUUCUUAGAAACAUGAGUAGUUUUAGGUUUCUAUAAAUAUCAUAAGUGGUAGUUUCCCCAGCCUUUCAUCAAAUGACAUUAUUUGCUAAUGUUACCAGUUGUUCUGGCAUGAAAGCAAGUGUGUGUGUUGUGUGUGCGUGCGUGUGUGUGCACGUGUGCGUGCGCGUAAAGGAGAACUUUACCUUGCUAGUGGUUGGUGCCCUCUUUUAUUUUACUCUUUUCUUGUUAGAAACCCACUGUUAACAUUAAAAAGGUGCUUUAAAAUAAAAUGUCUACAAA